AUGCUAUGCCCGGGGGAAAAUGUUAAUGCAAAUGGCCAAACUGGUUUCACAGUCAAGGUCGACGUUUCCGCCCAGCGACGACCGUUAUCAGUGCGAAAAUCGGUGCUCGGCGUGUCCAUCCUAAUGAUGGUUAUUAUUAUGUCGUCUUCGCUGGAUGCCAGGCUCAUUGACAAUGAUGGAAUAAUCAGCAGCAGCAGCAACUACACCAACGCCCGCCACCGUCGCUCGACCACCGGAGCUGCAGCCCCUGCAGCGGCAAGUUGCAUGCAAGAUGCACGCUUCUACCGCAAUCCGAAUCGGCCGGUUCACAAGAUCUGGACCAACAGUGAGUGCGCCAAGUAUUUCCUUUGCCUCGACGGCGAAGUGUUCGAGUUUAAGUGCUCCGAGGGGUUGCUGUUCGAUGUUGUGCGUCAGAUCUGUGACUUCAAGGCGAACGUGGACAAUUGUGAUGUGAGUGCUGAGACGCCGGCACCCAAGCUCCUGGAGAUGGCCGACUGUGCGGAUGAGUAUCAAUUAGGAUGUGCUGAUGGCACAUGUUUGCCGCAAGAGUAUUUCUGCGAUGGAUCCGUGGACUGUCCUGAUGGCUCCGAUGAGGGUUGGUGUGAUGUGGAACAUGAUCCGAAUGCAGCGGGUGCGUGUGAUCCUAGGAACUGUCAGCUGCCUCACUGCUUUUGCUCGAAGGACGGCACCCAGAUACCGGGAAAUCUUCCAUCGCAGAAUGUUCCACAGAUGAUAUUGUUAACCUUUGACGAUGCCAUUAACCAUGACAAUUGGGAGUUAUUCUCCAAGGUUCUGUUCACCCAGAAUCGAAGAAAUCCGAGGUGUCCCAUUAAGGGAACAUUCUAUGUAUCGCAUCCAUUUACCAACUAUCAGUAUGUGCAGAAGCUGUGGAAUGACGGCCACGAGAUCGCAGUUCACUCAGUCACACAUCGUGGCCCUGAGAUGUGGUGGUCUAAGAAUGCAACAAUUGAAGACUGGUUCGAUGAGAUGGUUGGUCAGGCCAACAUCAUCAAUAAAUUUGCCGCCGUUCGCAUGGAGGAGAUCCGAGGAAUGCGUGUUCCAUUCCUACGCGUCGGUUGGAACCGUCAGUUUUUGAUGAUGAAAGAGUUUGGAUUUGUUUACGAUGCAUCCAUGGUGGCGCCUCAUUCCAAUCCUCCUCUGUGGCCAUACACGCUGGACUACAAGAUGCCGCACAGCUGCACGGGUGUGAAUCAGAACUGUCCCUCGAGGAGCUAUCCAGGCAUAUGGGAACUGGUGAUGAACCAACUGGAGGCGGGUGAAUACAUGUGCGGAAUGGUGGACAGCUGUCCACCGCAUUUAAGUGGCGAGGAUGUGUACAGGAUGCUGACGCACAACUUCAAGAGGCACUAUCUUAGCAAUAGCCCCUUUGGUCUGUAUUUCCACUCCACUUGGUUUAAGAAAAUCGAUUAUUUAAAUGCUUUUUUGAAAUUCCUCGAUGACUUGCAAAAGCUGCCGGACGUGUACUUUGUGACCAACCAGCAGGCCAUUCAGUGGAUGCGACAUCCCACGCCCAGCAACCAGUUGCAUCAGUUCGAGCCGUGGCACUGCCAGCCCAAGGACUUGGAUCCCCACGAGCGGGUCUGUAGUUUGCCCAAUGUGUGCAAAGUUCGAAGUCGGGUGUUGCAGGAAGAUCGAUACUUUUACACGUGUAUGGAGUGUCCGGCUCAGUAUCCAUGGAUUCGCAACGAGUUCGGACUGGACUGAGGUAGUUAGAUAGCCCGGAUUGGACUAUGC